AUUAAACGCCAUCAUGCUGCUGUUGUCCUCUCACUCGCACAUCUGGCGCCGUGCUGAUUGGCCGGGGCACGUCCGCCGUGCCCCCCGCUGCCCGUGCGGUCAACCCGGGGGCGGCAGGAAGUAGGUGGAGGUCGGUCGGUCCAGUGCGCACUGACCAUGCCCCCGGCGCAGAGCCGGGACGUCGUGACGGGGCCGCAGGAGAAAAGAAUGGAGAGGACUAUCAGUUUGUCCUGUUACUGUAAGUGCCGCUGAAGACGGGAUUCUCUGGUACUUUGUGACUGAAUCGUGUGACCGAGCCUCCAAUCUGUCCAUCUGUGUCUGUGUGAUUGUCCUAUCCUGGGGUCUCAAGGCUUUGCACUGGCUGAGCUUCAGCCAUGGAGGUGGCCCUGGUAGACUUUGAGAGUCUGGAUGAACUUGACGGCAGCCUUGAGGAUGAGGUGGACACCUAUCCAGAUGAGACCACAGCUCUCACGGUGGACCUGCCGCCAGAGCUCCACAGCCCAAGCAGCAACUACCUUCUGCGAGCCCCUCAACUUCCCUCUACGCCCUCCCACCACAGUACCGUGCCCUCUUGCCUUUGGGAAUCCACCUCAUCUUCACCCAUUCCACAGACACUGGUGGUACCCCAGUCCCCAACAAUGCCUUCUCCAAGCAGGCAGGGGCGCAGUAGCUGCGCCAGUAUGAUCUCCAACUGGAAACUGCUGCUAAGCAGUGAGGGCACAAAGGAGAGUGAGACGAUCUUCAGUCGGCUUGCUAAGGAGUGCUGCGAAGAUCUGUUUGUAGAUAAACACGGGCUCGAUUAUGGAGAUCAGAAAGUCAUCAUCAACAUUGCUGGCCUUCGUUUUGAGACACAACUGAAAACAUUGGACCAGUUUCCAGAGACGCUGCUAGGAGACCCUUUAAAGAGGAUGGAGUACUUUGAUCCAAUGAGGAACGAAUAUUUCUUUGAUCGGAACAGGCCCAGUUUUGACGGGAUCUUGUAUUACUACCAGUCAGGGGGAAAGAUCAGACGACCAGCAAACGUUCCCAUUGAUGUGUUUGCAGAUGAAAUUUUGUUCUAUGAGCUUGGAAGUGAGGCCUUGGAGCAGUUCAGAGAAGAUGAAGGAUUUAUAAAGGAUGUUGACAUACCUCUACCCACUAAUGAUAUGUACAGGCAAUUCUGGCUGCUGUUUGAGUACCCAGAGAGCUCCAACGCAGCCCGGGGCGUAGCACUGGUGUCUGUUUUUGUUAUUGUCAUAUCCAUCAUUAUUUUCUGCAUCGAAACUCUCCCGGAAUUCAGAGAUGACUAUGACCCAGUGGCUCCCACAGUUCUACAACCUUUCAACCAAUCCGGAGGUGAUGUGGCUCCACCUGCUGCAAAGCCCACAACUUUUGCUGAUCCUUUCUUCAUCAUUGAGACUGCCUGCAUUGCUUGGUUCUUCUUUGAGCUGUGCGUGCGAUUUUUGGUCUGUCCCAGCAAAAAGGAAUUUUUCCGCAACCUCAUGAACAUUAUUGACAUUAUAUCCAUAAUCCCCUAUUUUGUUACUGUGAUUACAGAAUUGGUCACAACGCCAGAAGAGAGCUCGGGACAGAACAUGUCUUUGGCCAUUCUUCGCAUCAUCCGCCUCGUCAGGGUGUUUCGUAUCUUCAAACUCUCACGUCACUCCAAGGGCCUGCAGAUCUUGGGACAGACUCUGAAAGCCAGUAUGCGUGAGCUUGGCUUGCUCAUCUUCUUCCUCUUCAUUGGAGUCAUUCUUUUCUCUAGUGCUAUCUACUUUGCUGAGGUAGACGAGCCUAACACACAGUUUGUCAGCAUACCUGAUGGUUUCUGGUGGGCUGUGGUUACCAUGACCACUGUGGGCUACGGGGACAUGUGUCCCAUUACCAUAGGGGGUAAGAUGGUGGGCACCCUGUGCGCCAUUGCAGGUGUGCUGACCAUUGCCCUGCCUGUUCCUGUUAUUGUUUCGAACUUCAACUACUUCUACCACAGAGAGACAGAAGCAGAGGAAAAGUUGCCGUUGACAGAUGCCGUUGAGCAAGCCAUGAAGACUGAAACAGGUACAAAACAGGGCAGCACCACCUCACUCAAUUUAGCCAAUGGCAUCUGGCAGAAGGACAAAGGGAAAUAUUAAAGAUGAACAGAAUAUAUAGGAAACUAACUUUUUUGAUUUAUCAUCAAGAGUGGUUAAGGUAUCUUGUUUUUACUGAUACUGGAAAUAUGUUUUAUAACGAAAUACAGGGCAUACCCUACUUACCUCUUUAGAGUCUAUUAUGAAAAUGACACGUUGAAAAUAACAUAAGUCAUGUUCAGGGUGUCAACAUAUUUCAAGUAUCCUUUGGGUUACGGAUCUUUUUUAAGUUUGCAUAGAAGCAGAAAAAUCCUUCAUUUUCCUAAUGCAGCAUUAUAUGUUUAAAGUUAUUUUCAUGUUGUUGGUCUUAUUUUUAUUGUCUUGGUCAUUCAUCUUCAUGCUAAUGACAUUUUGCACACUGGCUUGACUGUUUAGAUUUUGGCUUUCAGCACAACUUGAAGUGUCCUCUGGGGACAUAAAAAAAGAAUCUUAUGCAGGUUACAAAUUUAAUUUAAGUAAAAGAGAAAAGUUUAAUGACAAAAUCCAAAGUGUUGAAAGUGUUGCAGAACCAUUUCUUGGCUCUGUUUAUAGGGAGGACCUUUUAGCUGCUGGAAUAGCUGACAAAGCAUCACAUUUUUACAAUGAUUUAUAAGUUGAGUGAAGACGAACAACCUAUCUCACGUGUGUGUGCAGCACAGUUCGUACAAAUUUACCAAGACAAUACUGCAACUAAAUUUUUUAUUGGAUAAAUUGGGUAUUGUCCUUUUUACCCCUCAUUUUCAAACUUUGCUUGAGGAAUACAUGUAUUUUCUGCUUCGCCCAGUAGAUGCUGCUGCUGUCUGCAGAUGUUGAAAAUCAUAACUGAUAGGAAUGAUGACCAGUGCUACACAAAUAAGACCAAGGUUUUUAAAAAACAUUUCACAACACAAAUAUCCAAAACACCAUUUUCUGUAAGAAUGUGUAACUUGUGCAUACUUUCUAUAUUAUUGUCCUGUUUUUAUUUACCCAAAAUGACUGUCAAUACAAUUGUAUUUAUUCAUUCUCUUUGAUAAGUACCUAUUAAAAGUAGUAUAACAGACUCCACACUAUGUAUUAUAAUGGAGUGCCUUAAAUUAUGUAAUUAAGAUAUUGUUGAACUCGCCAAUACACAAUCUCACUGCAAUACCUAUGUUCGUCACACAUACGUGCUUCGUAUUUUUGAUUUCAGCUUGGUUGAAAAUGUAGAAGUUGUUUUCCACUCUAGCAUUUGUUUGUGAGAUUUAUUUUUCCAAAAUGCUGUCUGACAGAGAAAUGCAUUCUGAAAAAGACCUGAAACACAAUCUAAUAUAGCCAAAGUACAGUAUAGAUGUAAUCUAGUUUGCGGAGUAGAUACUUUUUUGGGAUUUCAUGCUAUAAACAUCAUCACGAUCCAUUAGUGAAUAUCUCAUUGAGGGUGUACACCAUUCAAGUCAGGUUCAGAAAAUUAGGAAAAUAAAGCAUAAAGUACAGAGAAAAAGCCAAAGAUUUUUGCUUUAUACAAGGAAUAAAAGGAAUUGUUACAGGGCCAGGGAACAUGAGGCUGUAAUGUCCCAUGAUCCGUCUUACUUUGCAGGACAAAUUGUAAAUUAUGCUGUAUCAGACCAAUGUUAAAGUAAUAUUUUUCUAUUAGUAUUUCUUUUAUAAGAUAUUUACAGAUCAUAAAAGAUCAUUAAAUUAUUGUAAAGCAAGUGACAUGAUGUUAUCCUAGCUCCAGGAGUAUGAAAUUAUCUCAAAACAGCUUUAGACUUUUGUAAUGCCUGGAUCUCCAUUUAAGCAUAAAAUCAAAUUAUGAUCAGGUUCAAGGAGAAAAUGAUUUUAUGGUGAUUAUAAAGUAUGUCCGUUUUAACGAUGUAGUCAGUCUCUUGACUGGAAAUUCACAGUUGUACAAUGAUUCAGAGCUAGACUACAGCAGGUGAGGGUUUAUUACAUCAACAAGAC